AAUACCGCAAAGCAACCCCCAUUUGUGUAUGAACCAACCGCAGUGAUUCCUUCUCCUUUAAUUUGUAUAUCUCCGUUGUAAAAGCAACAUUUUUUUGAUUCUAACUCUGUUUCAACAAGUAACAAAAGGAAUGGAAGAUCACAAUCAGAUUAGCGCUCUACAGAAACAUGUAAUGUUCUUCGAUCGAAAUAACGACGGCGUUAUUUACCCCUCCGAAACUUUUGAAGGAUUUCGAGCAAUUGGAGCGGGGAUAGCGUUGUCCUCCGUCGCCGCCUUCUUCAUAAACGUCGGCCUCAGCCGGAAAACGAGACCGGGGCAACCCUUCUCUUUUCAUUUUCCAAUUGAGGUGAAAAACAUCAAACUGGCAAAGCAUACUAGUGAUUCUGGUGUCUAUGACAAAGAAGGAAGGUUUGUUUCUGAAAAGUUUGAGGAGAUAUUUGCAAAGCAUGCCCUUACACAACAACAAGCCUUGACUGCAGACGAGUUGCAAAAGUUCAUGAAAUCCAAUAGGGAGCCAAAGGACUAUGGUGGAUGGUUGGCUGGUUACACAGAGUGGAAGAUACUGCAUUACCUUUGCAAGGACGAACACGGGAUGCUGCACAAAGACACAAUAAGAGCUGCUUAUGAUGGAUCCCUCUUCCAGAAAAUGGCUGAUGAGAAAGCAUCUAAGAAGAAAAAGUAAAUAUUCAUUUCCAUGGAUGAGUAGCUUAAAACUCAGCACAAUCCAUGUUUGAUGAACAAAAGAUUUAUAAGACCAUCAGCGUUGAUAACUUACGCCGCCACCCCUCUCAUCUCAUCUCACCCUCGGGUUUCAACAUUGAUGUCUUCUUCACCAUGUUGAUAUAACACCAACUGAUGCAUCUGUUAUUUGUUUUUUUUGUGUUGUUUUGAAAAGGUAUACUUUGUGUUUGUAAGUUGUAUUUUGUGAAGAAUGUAAAAUUUGUUAUAUUGUGUU